AUUUAAUUUGAACGCAAUAUCUACCUUCUUUGUUAUCGACAAAAAUGAGUGUUCGCCAAGAGGAUGGCCCGAAAAACAGUAGCUCCAGUCGAGGAUUAGGCAUAGCAGCAGCUGCAAUAGGCGUUGGUGUUGGCGUUGGCGCAGCCUUGUACUACUUCUUUGGCAAGCGGCCCGAAAACCCUGAUUCCGCAGGAUCAACCAGCCAUUGGGAAAUAGAACAACCAGACGCAUUUGGCUCUGACGGUGACGCUGAUAAUAGUGACUGGGAGGAGAUGACGUCAGAUGAUCUGCCCCGUAGGUUUUCGUACGUGCGUCCCAAUGUAUUUUCGGCGCUCACAGAUUUAAUCGGAGUUAGACGUAGAUCGCGACGAUCAGUUGAAGAAUCCAUUAGAAAAUCUCGAAGAAAUGAGGCGUUCCGCGAACGUUCCUGGACCCUGGAAGAGUGCACCAUCUGUUACGAGGUGAUCCUCAAGAACCAGGAGGUGAUGUCACUGCCGUGUACCCACAACUUCCACACGGCGUGCAUCAUGCCGUGGCUUCAGCAGCAGCAGACUUGCCCUAACUGCCGGACCAGCGUCAAUUGAUUUCCUUGAUUUUACGGUAGAAAUCAGCAGGAUCUGAAUUCGAAUUAUGGCGGGAAUUAAAGACUUUUUUCACGAAAUUGCACCUCAUUACUAAAAAGUGAAGGGAAGAAGACACAAUAGUUUUUUUUUUGGGUAUAUUCAUCAUAAUGAGACAAAAUAAUAUGUAUUUCAUAAUGUAUAAAAAAUUAAUUGAAUCAACUAUUUACUAUAAAAUUGAUUUAGAGACUUAUUGUAUGGGUAUUAAUUCUUAUUAUCACAAAAUUAUAUAUGAAAUCAACUAAUAAUUUCUAAAUCUUUGUAUAUCGCCACUAGCAUUGUAGUUAUUUUUUCUAUUUAGAUGUUAUUAGUAUUAAAUCGCAUAAAUAAGGAUUUUAGGAAUUCCUUUUUUGAGGAAAAUUAUAAUGUUUGUAAUUUGAACCUGUUAUUUAAUUUAUGUUUUUAAAUGUCAAAGUCAAGAUUUCAUAUAAUUUGGCGCGAAAUUGUGUAGUAGGUAUGUCGAUGAAAUAAAUAUGGAAUAAUAAUAUUU